CAAAACGAUGUUACCGACGUGUGACUUCAUCAAUUGCCAGUUCAUAUUAGUGCGUGCAGUCUUCUAAUGUGCAAAUCAGUCGUUAAAAAUAUUAUUCGUUAACUCUUUAAGAGUAACUGAAAGAUCCAUUGCGUUCGCCUCGAAUGAAAAACAGAUCGUUAUUCCACUCGGAUUUUACACAUUCUGCGCGCUUGAAAGGUUUCUCACAGAGGUAACACAGCGAAGCAACGAUAGUGAGUCAAACGUAUUUAUCAAAACACGUUCCAGUCGUGAAUCAGAUAUUUAUAAGUUGAAAACUUUGUUUUCAGUGUAAAUUCUUCAUAUUUAUCGAAUCGUCAUGACCGUAACACGAGAAGUUGAGGUGAACAUCAACCAGCAAAAAAAAUGGGGUUCGGAUAGAGUAGUUGAAAUUCAGAGAGGAUGUCACAUAAACCUAGGCUUCAGUAUAAUUGGUGGGAAGAUUGAUGCAACAACUGACGAUGUAAACAAGGGCGAGCAGAAAAGUUCAGGAGUAUUCAUUAAAUCCAUUGAUCCUGAUGCAUCCGUCUCCAAUAAUUGUAAUCUCAAGAUUGGAGAUCGCAUUGUCGAGGUCAAUGGCGUUAAUGUACUCAACUGCACUUGUGACAAGGUAGCUGAAAUAAUCGAGAAAAGUGAGAAUAUCGUUCGACUUCGCGUGCAAUCACUCACGCUUAUGGACCAAUCCGACUGCGAUCAGCAAAUUGAAACGAAAAUCAACGAUCAACAGAGGAUCAGCAAAAGAUCCCCAUCCACCAUUUCGCAAGCGGAUAUAACACUGACACCAUCAGCAAAUGCGACUGAACCUCCGGUCGCCGUUGACGCCAAUGUUGAGGACCGAAAAAAUUCUGAUGAAAAUAAUAAAAAACAUUCUGAUUCCGACGAGAGCUCCGAGAGCGAAGAUGAACGUUACAUGGAGGGCAACAUUCAUACCAAGGCCGGCAUGGAGAUAUCGCGUAAAAGUGCCGGUAACGUGAAACGAACGGCUGCGGAAAUAUCAGCGGAUCCCGAGGAGGAGGAUGAGUACGGCUAUACUACUCUGAAAAUUCUGAAGAAAUACCGAUCACUGAGCGGUCAAGUGGUCCUUGAGAAGAUCGACAGGACAACUGGGGAUCUAGGUAUCGCAUUGUCCGGCCACAAGGAUCGUUCGAAAAUGGCUGUAUUCGUAUGCGGAUUGAAUCCAAAAGGAAAUGCUCAUAAGACCAGCAAUUUGAAAGUUGGAGAUGAAAUACUGGAGGUCAAUGGGCAUGUACUUCAAGGUCGGUGCCACCUCAAUGCUUCAGUUGUGAUAAAAGGAAUUGGUGGAUCAACCCUAAAAUUCAUCAUCUACCGACCCAGCGCUGACAACAACGAACUCGCGGUGAAGACUCCCAUUCAUUUCCCGGCGGCCUUCGACGAGAGUGACCGCUACAGCGGAUUCGAAGGAGUGCGGACCGUUUCCUUGAAGAAGGGAAUGUACGGCUUGGGUAUCAUGAUUGUUGAAGGCAAGCACGCGGAAGUCGGUCAAGGGAUUUUCAUUUCUGACAUUCAAGAAGGAAGUGUAGCCGAAAAAGGUGGCCUUCUACUGGGGGAUAUGAUUCUCGGCGUAAAUUCGGAUAGUUUGCUGGGGGCCACAUACGAUCAGGCAACAGCUGUUUUGAAACGUGUGGAAGGAAUGGUGACCGUUACGGUGUGCAAUCCGAAUCAGAAUAAGCAAAAAGAGCAAGCUGAGCGAGAUGAGCAAUCGAAAGGAUCAACAGGACCAGCAGGAGAAGCCACCGCUGGUCAGGCACAGCCAUCGGCGGACGCUAAACCAUCCGAGGGUGCAACCGACCCUAAAACUGCCAAAGUAGCUAAAGGCAAACCCAUAACAGUAGAAAUUACCAAGACUAAAGAAAGUGCACUUGGUAUCAUCAUUUCUGGAGGAAGCGACACUUCAUGUGGCGGUAUUUUCAUUCUGGAUUUAUACCCGAAUGGUUUAGCAGAGAAGGCAGGUCAACUAAAACGAGGGGAUCAAAUACUAGAAUUUUGUCAAGAGAAUUUUAAAGCCAUUGAACAUGAAAAGGCAGCAAAUGCAGUUCUCAGUGCCUCAGGACAAAUUAAAAUGAGCGUUUUACAAGACGACCCUUCCACGGAAGAAGUUGAAGUGGAACUUCAGAGAAAACCAGCGAAAGGAAUUGGUCUCGGCUUAACAGGUUUCAAAUGUGGAAAAGGAGCUUAUUUAUCAGAAUUGUUGCCAGGAGGCAGUGCAGCGGAGUCAGGGAAAUUGGAACUAGGUGAUACUGUUAUCUCGCUGGGUGGCCAAAGCGUUGAAGAAACUGAAACUGAUGAAAUUGCUAAUCUAAUAAAAGCUUUAAAUCCCGUACUGCUGAAAGUCAAGCGAUUCAAGGUCAAGUCAUAAUUACGUCACUCAUGUCACUCACGAGAUCAGUGGGACGACAUCGGAGGGAUUGAUUCCACCUUUUGUGUAUCCUCUCAGGACAGGCGAAAUACAAAAUCAAUUUGUGAAUAAAUUACAUAAUAAUUUCAUUGUCCCUUGUAGCAAUAAAAAAAUAAUAAUAUCGUUGACUGUUCACUGUACAUUAUGUUCUCGAAUAUGUGACAUAGCAAAUGUAUUGAAUAAUAUA